GACUUCGCCCCCCACUAUUGGUGAAAGGUUUCAGACGUGCGGAGCACAUGGUAAAUUAUCACUCAAUACUACAAAUCCAGUGUCUUAGUGCAGCAUGCGACUGCUGUCCAAACAUUCCGCUAAAGUAUUAUGAACUGUGCUUGAGUGGCGAUGAAGUUACUCAAGGGACUGUGUGUGUUUCUCAUUUGUGCAAUCGCUUCCGCCCAGGAUAUUGAUAACAAUCGGGAAAAUCAGGAAGAAGGAAGAGGACUUGGUGGCUACAACCAGGAAUGGAGAGCAGUGGAUUAUUUCUCGCCCACUUCUGACAGCUCCGGCUGGGUCCCACAAUCCGACACCGACGACGGAACCCCCAAACGGCGACGGAUCCGGAAACGGAAACGUCGACCCCCCGUCUUCACCGAAGACGACUGGCCCAAAAAAACCAAAGAGCCGUGGGAGGAAAUGAGCGAGGAAAACACCCAAAAAACCAACACCCGCAGACGACUCACGCCCAUCUACGAGGAGAAAAUCCGCGACCCCUUCACAGCGUUACAAGAAGCCGAGGAAAAACAGAAGACUAAAGUGGACGAAAGCUCGACCAAAACGCCCGAUUUGAAGACAAUUCUCAAAAACAGUGGCGGUUUGAGUUUGAGUGAGGUUUUGCAACAGAAGAAUUUGUCGCUGACUGAGUUGCUCAAAGGGAAUCGGGAAGCGAUUUCCGCUCUUGCCAAAGAAGCAGAAACCACGACUGAAGUUUACACUUAUCGCCGGUUGCCGCCGUCCAUCGGCUUAAAGAAAGACAUCAACCGGAAUUUUGAACGCGAAUCCGCCGAACACCUGUCUUCAGACGAGGUGGUUGAAGCACAGCGCAAAAGACUGGCCCUUUUGCACGGUCACAGGGACACAGAAGUGACAGCGGGCGUGCCCGCGAAAGCGGUCACUGUAAGCCUGGACGAAAUUUUGAGUGUUUUCAAGAACGAGUCGGACGGUCCGUUGAAAAUGACCAUUGAUUUGGACGAAAUGACGGUUAAAAAACCACCCGAAACGCCCACAACUGAGCAAUCCGCGGGCAAGAAGCUGAAAAAUGUGACCGCCAAGGAGGAGAUCAUGGAAAUUUUGCAAAACCCGGUCGAGCGUGAAAACCUAUCCCGGAUUUUGCGUUCGCGCAAUAUGACAGUCGAGGAGCUGGUGCAGCAGCGGGAACGUGGCUCCAGUCAGUUGCACUUGGCGGAUAUUUUCCACAACAAAACGCGGGAGCCUGAGCCACAAGAGGAGCACGUUGGGCACAUUAACCCUGCCAGUUUCCGCAAGCCCAAGACCAUUCCCGAGUUUCCGGAGACCACGAAACCGCCCUACACUAUCACCAGUUUCCCGACUUACAAAAUCGAAACCAACAAAAACGCCCUUCCGGUUUGGCGCCAACUGUACCCGUCCUUCUUCCCGGAUGUUUACCAGAACAGUAAUCAGGCUGAUAAGAAAGAAAUACGGCCUACUACAAGUACCGAGAAGUUAGAUUACGAAGAAAUCGAGCGGCUGGAGGAGAUCGAGAACACGUUGGCCGAAGCGGCCAACGGGAGACUCAAAGUGGACGUGCCACAGAACGUGUACGAGGAGGAGUUCCUCAGGAUGCCAGCGGGGGUCAAGUCGGCGAUCCUGGCCAGCUUGGCCAUCAUCGGGCUGUCUCUGCUCGUGUUUUUGACCAUUUUGGUGGUCUUCAAGUGGACGCAAAAGCAAAAACGGAGACUGAACUACAGCGCGGCUUUCGCCGGCUCGAAGAUUAAAUCGCCGAUUUUGGAGCCGGAGCAAAGACGGACUUUUAAGACGUUCGUGUGCGAAACGCUCGGACGGAAGAAGAAUAAUUACUACAAGUCGCAUCUUCACAGCAUGUCGGACUCGAUCUGGGACAGCGAGAAGAAGCCCUACAUGAUCUGAGCGUUCAAACGUAUUUAUUGUUUUAUUUAUGUGAUUUCGUGUGCAAUAUUUAUUAAGACUUUGCCAAGUUUUGUUGUUGUGUAUUUUUAAGUACUUGUAUGUUACAAAAUAAACACUUUUUAGACAUUA